AAAAACACUUUCUCUCUAUAUUUCUUUCUCUAAAUAAUGGAAGAAUGAGGCUUACGAUGGGAGAUGAGAAGACCAAAUGCGUAUUCAUGUUUAAGCUCAAGUUCUUUAAUCAUACGCAAAUUGGCAUUUGGUCGGAGAUUCUGUGGUCAUUUAAUUCAAGAACAACGAGCUCUUGUACCAUUGCUCGAUCGUUCGAAUUUAGAUUCAUACGUUUCGUCGGUGAUUGAGUGCAUAACCUCUUGCGUUUCGAUUUCAUGGUGCCGUGCAUUUCAUGGUGCAGUGCUCAAGUCCGUGAAUUAUAGCCAUGGAUUCGUCGGGGACCAUUUGGUUUCGUGUUACAUGAGACUGGAGUACGAUGAAGAUGCAGAGAAGCUGUUCGAUGAAAUGCCUGACAGAGAUUUGGUCUCAUGGAACUCUUUGAUUUCGAGGUAUUCGGAAAGAAGGUGGUUGUCUAAAUGCCUUAAGGCUUUAUGUAGGAUGAGAUCUCAAGUGGGUUUGAGACCAGAUGGAGUUACAUUCAUGUCGAUGAUCUCGGCGUGUAUUCAUGGAAGAGGUCUGCAUGAAGGGCAUUGCCUUCACGGGUUAGUGAUGAAAUCCGGUGUACUGGCCGAUGUGAAAGUUGUUAAUGCUCUUAUCAAUUUUUAUGGAAAAGCUAGGGACUUGGAUUCAGCCUGUAAAUUGUUCAAGGUUAUGAUCAAGAAGAAUUUGGUUUCCUGGAACACGAUGAUUGCGAUUCACUUGCAAAAUGGAUUCGCCGAAGAAGGUUUUGCUUACUUUAACAUUAGCAGAAGGGUCGGGAUCAAGUCUGAUCAAGCCACUGUUUUGGCUGUUCUCAGUGUCUGUGAAGCCUUGGGCUUGUGGAGAUUGGCGCAAGGCAUUCACGGGUUUAUCGUGUUUUGUGGGUUUGACACGAACAAACGUAUAGGAACAGCAUUAUUACAUGUGUACGCGAAGCUGGGAAGGUUGGAGGGUUCACAAACAAUAUUCCGAGUUAUGGCUUCUCCAGAUAGCGUGGCCUGGACAGCGAUGCUUUCCGCGUAUGCCACUCAUGGACGUGGAAGAGACGCGAUAAAGCAUUUUGAGCUAAUGGUUGAAAACGGUGGAAGGCCUGAUCAUGUUACCUUCACUCAUUUGUUGAAUGCUUGUAGUCACUCGGGUCUGGUUGAGGAGGGUAAGCAGUUUUUCACGACAAUGUCCGAAGUUUAUGGCGUUGAGCCGAGGUUGGAUCACUACUCUUGCAUGGUUGAUCUUAUGGGUCGCUCCGGCUUUCUGCAGGAUGCUUAUGAGUUGAUCAAAUGCAUGCCGAUGGAGCCGAAUUCUGGGGUUUGGGGAGCUCUUCUUGGUGCUUGUAGGGUUUAUGGAGAUACUGAACUCGGAAAGGAAGCUGCUGAGAGAUUGUUUGAAUUAGAACCGUCUGAUGCGAGAAACUACAUCAUGCUAUCGAAUAUCUAUUCAGCUUCUGGCAUGUGGAAAGAUUCUUCUAGAGUUAGGGCUUUGAUGAAGCAGAAGGGUCUCAGAAGUGAUUCAGGGUGCAGCUUCAUUGAACAUGGCAACAUGAUUCAUCGUUUUGUUGUGGGCGACUGGUCUCAUCCUGUCUCAAAGCAGAUACACGAGAAGCUACAAGAGACGAUGAAAAAGAUUAAAGAUGCGGGAUUCAAGCCUAGAACAGAAUUUGUACUACAUGAUGUAGAUGACGAGAUGAAAGAGGAUAUGAUCAACCAGCACAGCGAGAAGCUAGCAAUGGCAUUCGGGCUCCUCGUGAUCAGUCCAGCGAUGCCGAUAAUCAUCACGAAGAACCUGAGGAUAUGCGGAGACUGUCAUAACACAGCGAAAGCAAUAUCUCUUGCCGAGAGUCGUACCAUCGUCAUCCGAGAUUCAAAGCGGUUUCAUCACUUCACUGAUGGCUCAUGUUCCUGCAAAGAUUACUGGUAGUUCUCUGCAUCACUCACGUGGACAUUUCUCAGAUUAGGUUCUCACUGUCAGUAACACAAUCACAAUAGCGGCGAUUAGAAUCUUAACGUAUUAUUGCGAGCGAUUGCGUUUGUAUCAAUCACUUUUUCAAUCGCCAAAAAUCGCAAUCGCCGUGUUUGCGGGCGAUUGCGUGUUCACCGGUCA